AUUUAAUAAGCAGUAAGCAAUUUAUGAUACUAAUAAGAAAAAGCAGUAACCAAUGUAGUAGUUAUAUUAAAUGCCCAAAAGAUAUGUUUUUUAAUAUCGAAUUACUCUGCCAGUUCCGUAGAGACGAAACAGAGCUAGGCUCAUCUAUAUCUCUCCCUGGAGCUACUAUUCCCGUAGAAGAAGCUAAUGUGUUCAUUUUAAUUUCCAGCGGAGAUCCUAAAUCCCAUUCUCUUUCUUCUCUCUUCCGACCUACUAUUCCCAUUCUCUUGCUUCUCCGCAGCAGGUUUCAUCUACUGAACUUUCUCCUGACACUUAUUUAGUGUUCAUCUGAAACCAAGUCGAUUGAGAUGGAGUUAGCUAGCUGUUUUCUGCUGCAAGUUUGUUCUCUGCUUUGUAUUCUAUUAGCUUAAGCUAAUUAGCCGAGCUGAAGUUAUGGCUGGGAAGGGGCUGAAAGAGAAAUAUGGGGAAGGAGAUGGCGGGAAGGGCAACAAGAGUCAUUUUGACUGUUUACAUUUCUCCGUUGCUUGGUCUUUAAUGGUGAAUAAUUUUGCUCAGGCUCUUCCGAGCACAUUGAAGGCGGUAAAAAGGCAGGAUGAGAAGAAAAGUAAUAAGGUUGUGGUCGGAACUAAGCAAAUCGAAUCAAACUGUAAAGUAUCUCGUUAUGAAGGGGCAAGUCAUGAAGAAGGGAAUAACUCAUCACUUGAGGGGUUUAUUGGGUUUAUGUAUGAUCAGGUAGCUCAGAAUCUUCAAAAAAUUGACUCACACUUUCAUGAGAAAGGAUCGAAUCAGCUUGAUCAUCUGAAGGUGCUUAUUAAUGUGUUUGAAGGGAAAAGAGCAGAUUUCAAUGGAUUUUUAGGGAAUUUGAAGUUUGCUAGAGUAGGAGGUUUGCCAACAAGUGUUGUUGGAGUCUCUCCUCACAACGAGGGGGAAGAUGGUGCAGUCAAUGGCGAUGAUCCCCAUGUGGAAGGUGGAGGACAAAAACUGGCCAAUGGAUUGCUGAGCAUUCCCUUAUCGAAUGUGGAACGGCUGAGGUCAACUUUGUCAACUGUUUCGUUGAUGGAACUAGUUGAGCUGUUACCUCAGUUAGGACGACCUUCACAAGACCAUCCUGAUAAGAAGAAACUAAUUUCUGUCCAGGACUUCUUCAGAUACACCGAAGCUGAAGGAAGGAGGUUUUUUGAAGAGCUAGACGGUGAUGGGGAUGGCCAAGUGACUUUGGAAGAUCUUGAGAUCGCCAUGAGAAAGAGAAAGCUGCCAAAAAGAUAUGCUCGCGAGUUUAUGCGUCGUACAAGACGUCACUUGUUUUCGAAAUCUUUUGGUUGGAAACAAUUUUUAUCUCUAAUGGAGCAGAAGGAACCAACCAUUCUAAGGGCUUAUACCAGUCUUUGCCUGAGCAAGUCAGGGACACUUCAGAAAAGUGAGAUAUUGGCUUCACUGAAAAAUGCAGGCCUGCCAUCAAAUGAAGACAAUGCUGUUGCCAUGAUGCGCUUCCUUAAUGCAGAUACUGAGGAGUCCAUUUCUUACGGGCAUUUCCGGAAUUUCAUGCUUUUGCUUCCUUCAGACAGGCUACAAGAAGAUCCUCGAAGCAUCUGGUUUGAGGCUGCAACUGUAGUUGCUGUUCCGCCUCCUGUUGAGAUACAGGCAGGAAGUGUCCUAAAAUCUGCUUUGGCUGGUGGCCUUUCUUGUGCACUCUCUACCUCAUUGUUGUAUCCUGUUGAUACAAUCAAGACAAGAGUACAAGCAUCCAGCCUUACAUUUCCCCAAAUCAUUUCAAAACUCCCUGAUAUUGGAGUGCAAGGAUUAUACCGAGGGUCUAUUCCUGCAAUUGUAGGACAGUUUUCGAGCCAUGGAUUGCGUACUGGAAUUUUUGAAGUUAGCAAGCUUCUUUUGAUAAAAGUGGCCCCCACACUUCCGGACCUACAGGUUCAAUCCGCAGCAUCAUUCUGCAGCACUUUUCUUGGGACAGCAGUGCGUAUACCAUGUGAAGUGUUGAAACAAAGGCUGCAAGCAGGCCUGUUUGACAAUGUGGGGCACGCAAUUGUAGGCACUUGGCAGCAAGAUGGUCUGAGAGGCUUCUUUCGUGGGACUGGCGCCACUCUCUGCCGUGAAGUCCCAUUUUAUGUUGCCGGCAUGGGCCUUUAUGCUGAGUCAAAGAAGGCUGUUCAGAAGGUAUUAGGAAGAGAGCUAGAACCGUGGGAAACGAUUGGAGUUGGGGCAUUAUCGGGCGGCCUUGCUGCGGUGGUGACAACACCGUUUGAUGUGAUGAAGACACGAAUGAUGACGGCCCCUCAAGGGAGGCCGUUGUCACUGUCGUUUGUGACUCUCUAUAUACUUCGCCAUGAAGGAGUCUUGGGGCUGUUCAAGGGAGCUGUGCCGAGGUUCUUCUGGAUUGCCCCCCUCGGUGCUAUGAAUUUUGCCGGCUACGAGCUUGCUAAGAAGGCUAUGGACAAGGCUGCCGAGGAUACCGGUGGUGAGCAGCAGCCUCAAGUUGUCAUUUUGAAGAAGUAGUAGUAUGCUUAUUACGGAGCACUUUAUAUCUAUUUAUUUAUCAUCUUAUGAAAUUUUGCUUGUGUAAUGCACAAAAGGAAACUGCUGAAAGGUUCCUCUUAAAAAAACAGCAGUCAAUAUCACAUCAUAUAUAGUUGGUUGGUGAUGUGUUUAUUGAAGUCUUUGAUUCUCUGAUGAAAGUUGCAAUCUUUUUUGUAGCAAUUGUAAAUGACAACUGCCUGUGUAGAAUGACCAGCCCCCACUUUACUCUUUUUCGUUGUAUCUUUUGUUCGUUUUCUGUACAGUCUUUAUUUCCUUAUAUAUGAACUUUGUUAUUGUAGCUUAAAC